AUGUCGCUGCUGCUGCUCGACGUCCAUUUCAAGCUCGCGCUGUUUAAAUACUCGCUGUUGGUCUGCUUCGCGCUCCUUCCUCUCGUGAUGUCUCUUACGCUGCUGGACUUGCUUCAACUUGACGGGGACGAGUUGAGGCUGGAGCUGGUGGUGAAACUUCGAGCGCUGGAGUCAGAAUGGUCAGCGAAUUACGUAUUCCAGCUGAAGCCCGUUUCGCUGGACCUCAUUGACAUUCUGGAGGCCAAACUUCGUGAUGCGGAAGAGCAGCUGAUGGAGACGGAGACGAAGCUUCGCGGUGUGGAAGACCGACUGGCAACGACGGAGACUAAGCUUCGUGUCGUCGAUCGUGGAGCUGGUGGGGAAUGCCAUGAAGGCGCUGAAGAGGUAAAGCUGGAUCUUGGAAGCCGGUUGGCUUGGGGUGCAAUAUCCGCUGAGAAGAACGACAAGAUCCAGAUCAUCGCCACCAAGGCUCCUACGGGCGUGGGAGCUGAAUUGACAAUGAUCAAGUUUGCUAAUUAA